GAUUGAUUACUACUACAUCUCUAACCAGGGGUUCCCCAUUGAAGUAUGGGCAGUGGUGUAUUACAUCACACACCUACUGAAGGGGGCGCUCUUGUUCAUCACCAUCGCAUUGAUUGGAACCGGCUGGGCCUUCGUCAAACACAUCCUGUCAGAUAAAGACAAGAAGAUCUUCAUGAUCGUCAUCCCUCUGCAGGUCCUGGCUAACGUGGCAUACAUCAUCAUUGAGUCGACGGAGGAGGGCACCACUGAGUACGGCCUCUGGAAGGAGAUCCUCUUCCUGGUAGACCUCCUGUGCUGUGGUGCAAUUCUGUUUCCUGUCGUCUGGUCUAUCAGACACUUACAGGAAGCCUCUGCCACAGAUGGAAAAGGUAUGUUGUUAUCAUUAAAGAGCACAAAGCUGCACUUGGCGUUCCGCAGUCUAUAACCCUGGAUUUGAUGGGAUUGUUUCAGGAGGGUCUGGCUGUAGGUACAGGCAGGUGCCAAAGCCCCAGAAUGACCAUCAAUUUCUCUACCUAGGCAGGCCUUUGCCUAGAGCCCCUGAAAAGCUAGAGCCGGCUCUUGUGGGAUGCCAGUUCAUCGUAGUACACAGACUAGGGAGAACUUUGGAGAACCAAUCGGCAAACUGUGUGUGUUUGGACUGUAGGAGGAAAUGCAUGUUACACAGGGAGACCAGGCAAACACAGCACAAGAGGCAAGGUUUAGCUAACAGUCUAGAAGUGUAUACAGCAGUGUUCCCCAACCCGGUCCUUGGGGACCCACAGACGGUCCACAUUUUUGCUCCCUCCCAGCUCCCUGCCAGACAGACCACGUUUGGAUCAAGGAUCGGAUUGGGGAACACUGGUAUAUAGGAACAUUGCAGAUCCAGAAUGAUUAAUAAUGUUCUUGGAGAAACCUCCCCGCCCACUGCCAGACCAGAGAUAAAAAUAUCGCUUUUGUGUGAGAGGUGCCCCCAGUUUUGGGGGGGGGGGGAACGGGCACAUCCUGCUUGCACUGGCAGUGCCAGGUAAACUGGCCUGACAGCAGAAUUUGAAUUUAAAUUGCUGCAUGAAGAUGGAGGUAAUAUCCCAGAUGUCAUGGGAAAUACUCAAAAGAUUGCUCAGUGAUGGAGGUGCUACAGGGUCAUAGGUCAAGGCUGCAUUAUUACAUAAUUAGUGUCUCCAGGUGCUUUGAACACAUUGCCAGGAUUAUAAGGAUCGGCAGAUUAAAGUUAGAGAAGUGCAGCAGGUGGUGUCGGUUUCAGGCCGGGGGGGGGGCGCCCUGCUCUUGUCCCUUCUUUGUUCAUCUUCCUUUUGUCCUCCUCUUCCUCUUAGUGACACCUCAUGCCUGUCUGUUCAGCCUGAUUCAGGCGUUCCCUACGCUCACUUUUUCUGGCAUUAGCCAUUACAGCUUCCUGGGUCCUGUUUGCUUGCAGUUUAGUAAGAGCUGUAAAUCCCCGCAACCACUAGCAUCCUACCCCUUUCUGCAGUCUGCCCGUGCUGCAGUGCCCCCCGGUGGCUUGGAGGGUAUUCUCGGGGGCAUUUUAGGACAUGUCAUUGCAGAAAUUCCCUUUCCCUGAGUGGUGUGUUUUCAUUAUUUUCCUUUCUGUCCAAAACAGCCAGGUUAUUACCCUCAUUCUAGCUAUUUGGGUGCUGAAAACACCUUCCUGCAGGAAAUGGGCAGAAUCACACAGCACUGAUCAUGAGGCCCGUGUUCUGGCUUCUGUAUUUAGUGAUUGAAUUUAUAUUUUAAUGAAUGAAUCAUCAGUGGUAUGGUCGACAAUGCUACAGCUUCACCCGUCUGGGGUCAGGUGAUCAGAUCAUGUUUCUCUGCCUUUCGUUUGGAUACUCCGGUGUUGUCUUGCAGUCCAAAAAAGAAGGUGAAUUGGUAUCUCAGUUACCCUUUGUGUGUAGGUAUGUGGCCUGUGCUGGCCUGUGCUGGUCUGUGCUGGACUGGCACUCCAAGUGUCCUCUGGCUUGUGCCCUGAGCUUCCUGAGAGGCUGUAGGAGACGGAGCCUGUGCUGGAUUAUUGGUUGGAAUACAUGCAAUCCCCGGUUGUCUGACUUACAGACAACUCGCCCUUAGGAACGAGCCACCAUAAAGUCUAUUGUAUUUAACACAAAUUUUUCAUACAAUGGUUCGUAUUACGAAGCCGCGCACUUCGUUAUAAUGAACGCACGCACUGCUUUGCGACUCGUGUGAAAACAUUGCGUGGCUUCAGCGACGUAUCAGCUCGAAGCACAGUAAAAUACCGUAUGUGGUCACUCUUACUAUUACUGCAUAAUGAUUAUUAUGUACUGUAUUGUUAUUUUUCUGAAUAAUAUUAAAAUUUCACUUAAAAACAGACUGAGGGAGCGGAUUUUGUUUGUAACCUGGACACUGCCUGUAUUUAUGGAUGUAUGAGUCAGUUGGGCCAGUGCUAUAGUGUACAUUUACUUUCCUUAAAAUAACAGAUCCUGAAACUCAUUUAAUCAAUUCACUUCUGUUUAAUAUGGCUUAAUUAAAUUAAGCGGCUGUCAUUCUGUCUGCUGAGUCAUGCUGUUUUCGCUCCCUCGUGUCCGUCCAAUGAUCUCGUGGUGUUUUCCCCCUCGGGCGGCUGCAUGCCCUGACGUUUUCGCUUCCCUGUUCCAUUUCGCGUCCUGCCUCAUGAAAGCCGCCGGCCCGUCCCUCUCCAAAGCAUGAAAGCCCGUCGUUAUCAUCCAAACACGGGGCACUUAGGAGCCUGCAAAUGUGGCUUCCUGGUGCAGUUGUUAAUCUGCUGUUUGUACUUCGUACGUAAUGGUUCAUUGGUCCGAAGUGCUCGUUGGUGAUUAGCACUUUUAUAGGUUAAGAUGGGGGCCCAGUGCACUGUGACACCAUGUGGUGUGUUACCAUGGUCACAUGCACCGAGUUACACCAAGGUUGUUAUUGUUACUAAAAACUGAAAGAAAAUAUUAUUGUAAACUGAAAUAAAUUGAGAUAUGAAGAACUUAAAACGAGAACUAUAAAUACUACUUCCGAAAUUCAAACAAGAAAGUCAAAUGUUACAUUACUCAUUAGAGGAACUGCAAUCCAUUUAAAUGACCAUUUAAUAAUUCCUGGUCCUUUUGAUGAUAUUGGUACAUAAUGUGAACUGUAUUCAUGUAGGUUUCACUAAAGAUCAGACACACAGCUCUGCAACUAAAAUUCAGAUUCAGAUCCAAAUCCUUUAUUGUCAUUGUACAGGGUACAAUGAAAUUUUAGCAGCAGUCCAGUCGGUGCCUUCGAUAAACAAGUAAUGUGAUAUAUAUGAUUAUAUAACAACUAUAUAGAAGUGUGUCGUUUUAAAAUAAAAACUAAUAAGGUCACUCUGAAAGCUAACCAAAACUAAACAGAAUUUCCAUCAGAACUGAAAAUGAAUCAAGCCAUUAACAAGGCUGGGUCACGCCAGCAUCUUUUUGCAUUCAUACACAAUGGCAAUGUUUGCCCCCUAUGGGUGGAAAUGGGUAUGACAAGCCUCUGACUAAAUCGUCAUCAUUGCUUUAUUUUUCUU